AUGGGAUCUGUCGAAGUUGUAUCAAGCCGACUCGAGUCGCUGCCUCCUCGCCCACCGACGCCGCCCCGCGAGACCAAUCAAGCUGUUGAUGCCACCUCCAAGCAUCUUCUUGUCCUCCCUCCAUCGUCUGAUCCACGAUCGAGCCUUCACACUCCGCCAAAUGUGCACUCGCCCUUGUCCGGUGCCGACUCAACGAAUCCAAGCGUCCGCAGAACAAGAAAGCGCGUGGGCUUCUCUGCUAAGGCUCAGUACAACGAGGCACCCAAGUACGCGGCCCAGAACUCUCUCAACAAGCGAUCGCCCCUUUCCGUGCCGUCAUCGACACAGCCUAAACCUGUGAAGGGAAUCCUAAAACAACCAUCCUCUCCGAGUCCACUUCACACCAGCGUCGAGGCAGACACGCUUGCUACCCCAGCAAACAUUUCCGACAUGUUGGAGUCAACAGUGAAGCAGCUCGCAGGCGCUGACAGAGACUCGAAGCGAGAUGCAUAUUCGACAUUGGUGAUGACGCUGAAGACAUCCAAUAACCUCCCUGAUCGCAUUGCUCUCCAAAGCAAGAUGGGUCUGUUCGUCCAGUUCAUCCAACGGGAUAUCACGUCCAAGAGUCUCACGACUGGUGGACCUGAUGUCCCGCUUGUCAACAAUGCCCUUUCCCUGCUCGCCACUUUCCUCCACUUUCCCGCCAUUGCCUCUACGAUACCCAGCGAUUUCGGCGUUUUCUUUCUCGAUCACUGUAUCCGAUCCUUUGAGGACUCGUCGACACCAAAGGAUGUUACUCGACACUUGAUGCACGCUGUUGCAACACAGGACUUCCCUACAAAAGUGAUGACCUCUGACCGCGUCCGUCGUCUAGUCGCUGCGCUGCGCAAGAUCGAAGAGCAUCUCAAGGGCAAGAGCAUUGUCAUGUCACGAAUUAUGAUCUACAGGAGACUGGUUCAACAGACCAAGCAGUUAAUGGCUGUUCAUUCCGACUGGCUCAACGACCUCCUGACAGAUAUGCUGAGCACAGUUAAGGACUUGAGGUCAGCGGCGAUAUCUCUCGGUUUUGAGGCUGUAUACACAUUUGGGAAGGAGAAGAUGUUGUCACGGAAAGUGAUGGAGCUCUUUGAUACAUCCAUUGAAGAGAUGAAGUUCGCAGAGUACUACCACCGUCGGUUGUUUACAAUGGCCAAGGACAAGGAAGAUAGGCAGUUGACCGCAGCAGUGCCCAAGAUUUGGAGUGUCAUUGUGCUCUUCUUGCGCUGCCCAUUGGACCGUUGGCAGUUCUUUAACCAGUGGCUUCAGCUCAUUCAGAUGAGCUUCAACAACAAUGACCACCCACAGACCAAGCAAGAGGCAAAUUUCGCAUGGAACCGUUUCGUUUGGUCCAUGCACACAGAAGGCCAGUCGUUUGUGAAGUUGCUUCCCACCUUAUAUCAGCCGUUGGGCAGCCAGCUCAAAUCAAAAUACACCAGCAAACACAUCCGAGAAGUUGUUUUCGGCAGUGUGUGCAACCUUCUGUAUUACACCUUCAAGCCCGGCACAAAUCCUGUUCUUCUCGAUACUUAUUGGGAUGCAUGCGUGCGGCCUAUUAUAGAACCGCCCAAGGCAGCUGCUAGAAACCCCGAAGUUGUUGACGAGCAUUUGCGACAAGCGACCCUGGUACUUAUUGGAUUGUUUGACUCGGCUACGCCACGAAUUUGGAGAGAAGAACGUAUUAGGGAGACGACUCUCGCCCGUCCCGAGGAGUUGCCGUCCAUCGAUCCCAAGUGGCUUCGCCGAAAUGCCGCAAGUGUUUUCCAAGUCAUCGAACCCAUUAUGGAAAGACAUUUUCUUGAGUUGGCGGAUAAAAAGAGCCAGGUUCAUCGAUUGUGGCGAACUCUGGUUGCAGCUGUUGCCUCUGCGGCUUCCAAAGAAAUCAAAGUUUCUGUAGACACCACAUCCUUCAUCUCACAAAUGUGCGGGCUUUUGCUCAAGCACUGGGAAACUGGGCUGAGCGAGAUGAAGGGAACCGACUCUGAGACAGCUGCUCGAUUUCUUCGCAGCGCUAGGGAGCUUAUCUCCGUCACGGUUGAAGCACUUGGCCUCUUGCCCUUCACCGAGAAGAUGAUUUCUCUCGGCCGCUUUCAUACAUUCACGCCUGUUUCGACCCCUUCUCAUAAGCCUGCAAAGAAUUCUGGUGAUGCUCGGACGCCGCUCCACCAUUUGUUUGGUCUGGUCUCUGUGCUUCCUCCCGGUAUUCCUGAUGGCGAGGACUUUGUCGACUUCUUCCGAACUGUUUUCUCGCCAUUCUUUACGUCCAAACCACCAAGGUCUCGUUCAGAACUGGCUCAAGAAAUGCUCUCAGUUGCUCCAAGCUGGUCAUCUCCAGCAUCACAUAAGCCAUACGCACCAUGGGUUUUUGCAUCCGAGUGCUUGGCAGCCACGUUCAACAUGUCCCAAAACAGUGCUCAGACAACCAGCUCAACUGGCGAGCCAACUGUUGGCCACGAAUAUCGCUCAGUGGUCCGAUUACUUGAACGUGGUUGGAGGGAAACGCCGAACCUGCCCUGGCAGAAUUGGUGCUCCCUCUACUCGCUGCUGUCUAACAGAUCCAGCGAGGAGACCGGUGAGGCUGGACGAGCCCUGGGAGCAAUUGAGCCGCUUGCCAAGGUGAUUAGGGAAAGCCUCCCAGCCGACCGGACUGUCUCUAUCCCGGCAAAGACUAUCAUAGCUACCUCUGAAUUACUUUCUGUUGCAUCCCACCCGUUAGACCGUCAGGCUGUGGAAGCUGCUCGACGCCGGCUGUGGGGCACAGCUGUCACUGGUCCGAGAUCUUCGUCUUUUGACCCAUUUGAUACCCUCUACAAGUUGACCAAUGACCUCCUGGAGCGUCUAUAUGAGGCUGGGGAGCGUGGAGAUCUUGAUGAGUCUGUUGCUACUUUCAUCAAAGAAACGAGUGGGUUUCUCUCUCGCUGCAACUCCGAGCUUGUUCCAAGAACUAUUGCCACCUUAGAGAAUGGCCUCGUUUUGUGGAUUCGGGACUCGCAGGGUAUUCUGAAGACUCGACAGAGCCCUGCGCCAUCGGAAGCCGUUAAGACGCUUUGGGAUGUUGUGUCCAAGAUUGCUUUGUCGGGUAGCAGACCGGAGGAAAUUCAACUAGACACUUACGAAGAGUUGAUUUGCGCUGCCUUCGAAAGCAAGCACCGACACAUCAUCAACUCCGUUUCCGAGAUGUGGAACAGCAUUUUUGGAAACGCAGAGAGCAUUCAAUACCCCGAUCAUCUGAAGGCUGUUCUGCUUUCUGUCCAAUCAUUGGUGGACAUAACUCUUCCAGGUUUGGAGACUAUCGGCGCUCCAACAACAGGUCAGAAUCGCUCGUUUAUCGAUUCCCAAAACGACAUCGACAUGCUUAGUGCCGGGUCAACUCGAUCGUCUCGCAAGAGGCUCCAGCCUAGAUCUAUCCAAUCAUCGCCUUUGAAUUCAGUCAAAAAAUCCUCUGCGAAUCGCCGAGUCGAUAAUUCUUCCAAGAAAACACGUAGCAGGGGCCGCCGCAGUGCCCCCACUGCUCGCUUGAGACACGACGACUCCCAGAUUCAGUUUGCCCCCAUUGAGAAGUCGCCAUUGAACUCCGACGCCGACGUCGAGUCACAAGCUCUAACUGAACGCCAAAAAGAAAUUCGAGAAAGACAAAAAGACACCUCGGCAAUGUUCCCUGAGAUGCGAUCUAGCCCCGCCUUGCAGCUGGAGGCGCAUGAGCCACAGAAGCCUAAGACGGUUUCUGAUAAAGAUCCUGAGACUCCCCAGGAUGCUACCCCUAAGCGCAGCCAGAGAUAUGAGGACUUUGUCAGUUCAACUCCAACUCCCCGUAGGGGGCAGGCCGUUGCCAUGGUGGACCAUGACCAGGAUAUGACAGACCCUCCGUCCUCACCCCCUGAGCCUCGCCCGUUCCCUUUGCUCACUCAGAUCAAGUCACGGUCUAGUAGCCGCAGUGAGGUUGAGGACUGGCAAUUUAGCUCAUCGCCGGUUUCUGGCUCUCCUCCUGCAGAGCCUUCAGCGCCCCCGAAUGAGCCUACCGAGCUGGACCUAUCGAAUGGAAUCACUUCUAAGCACGGUUCUAGACAGGCCAGUCACGACCUGGGAUCUGGGGGGGACACCUCCAUGCAGACUGUUCGUUCGAGCGCUGUUGUUGAGCCUGAACUUCCGCCACCUGCUUUGGAGACAACAAAAGAGGCACAGCGACCUGAGCAAACCACUGCCGAGUCUGAAUCUGCACCCAAAUCUGGCAACGCACCGUCUACUCCUCGAAAUAAUCGCACAACUGAUAGAGAAGAGCCGAGGUCCGGGCAGGAGGUCUUUGUUGACGCUCCGUCCAGCCCCGCGCCCAAUGUGCUCACCCGCUCUGCUUCUCGAAAUGCUGCUAAUCGAUCAUUCGAUAUGAGCGAAGGAGACGAAAGCAGCAUGCUCAAACUCGUAGUAGAGCUUGAUCGUAGACGGUGCGACCUCCCGAUCAACGAUUACCCUGCUAUCUCGCCUCCCAAAGCUAACAAAGCUUCCAGGAGCGCCAAGAAGAAGGCUGUUGUGCUUGACUGCAUUACCGUUGGAGGAGAUGACGAAGAAGAAGAGGAGGAUGAGGAGGAGGUGAAGGAGGCGGUGGAUGAGAACGAGACAACAGAGCUGGCCCAGCGACAGACUCGUUCUCGCAAGAGCAACUCUCGCUUCCCUGCAACAACUUCAACACCUGUGGCAGGCUCCGCAGCCUCGUCGCCUGAUAAAUCUGACAAGAAGCGCAAGAGGGACUCUUCCAAGUACGAUACGCGCCGCAAAAAGAGACAAUCAAUCGAUAACGCCGAAGAAACCGCAUUAUCGCAACUUGAGGCUUCGCAAAUGUCUCCCGUCCUUGGGGAAGAAGUCUCCCAGCAGAGCUUACACGUACUGCAUGAUACACCUUCACGUCGUUCCACAGGGUCGAGGAGUGAGGACUAUGAAGCCGAGCUCCAGUCUCAAGUCGUUACUGAGCUGCAGGAAGCGGACAGUCGUGAAAGCCAGUCCCAAGAGUCUGUACCUGCUGAUAACGUGGCAUUGGAGGACUCAAUGGAUGUCGACCUUAUCGAUCAGCCCAACGGCUUCGCCCAAGUGCCGACCAAGGAUGCCAACAUGCUGGAGUCUCUUGGCACAAUACUUGCCAACCUUCGCUCAGCAUCACUAUCGCGUGACGAGGUGUACAAAAUGGAGGACAUGCUCAUGGAUAUAAAACAUGAACUGUUCGCCGCCGAGAAGCGCGGACGAUCUUGA